AUGCUCGUCAGGUGUCUCAGUACCUUAGUACCAUUUGUCUUGUUUCUGUGGACACCCAACGUAAAUUGCGGCGCCCGAACCCCAUUCUUCGACCUAACUGUCUACAACGACUGGCCACAAUUCGAGGACUAUGUGAAAGGUGUCGCCCAUGACAAUCCUUCGUUUGUCCAGCUGAAAACUAUUGGUAGAUCACGGGAAGGGCGUCCCCUGCUCGGAGUUCGAAUCGGGAAGCCUGCACCAGCGGGAAAACGGAAAAUCGCAGUGUGGUUGGACGGUGGGAAUCAUGCAAGGGAAUGGCCCGCGUUUCAUGUUGCUGUGUAUUUUAUUGAGAAGUUGGUCAACGGAUACCUCGUCGACGAUAAAAUCACAAAAUAUGUGAACACAUUGGAUAUUUAUGUGUUUCCCGUUCUCAAUCCAGAUGGUUUCGUCUAUUCGAGGACUUCGACGAGGGCUACGAUCCGUCAAUGGCGUAAAAACAGAGCACCCGAAAACUGCACGGGUACCGGCCCGUUCUCAUCAGAUCUCUGUUGUGAGGGUGUCGAUUUGAAUCGAAACUACGAUAUUGGGUUCUCCCAUAAAAACUAUCCGUUCAAUAAUCCGUGUUCCGACGAGUUCCAGGGACCAAGACCGUUUUCAGAGCCAGAAUCGAGAGCCGUCCGUGACUUUGUAAUGUCAUCUGAAAUCUACGGUCGCCUGUAUGCACUAGUCUCCAUGCAUACCCACGGACAGCUAUGGAUUCUACCGUAUAACUACCAUAAGAGGACGUAUCCACAAGAUUUCAAAGAUUUGGAAACGCUUGCCAACCGUGCCGCUGACCGUGUAUUCGCCUAUCGGGAGACCAAAUAUCGCGUCGGCACCGCCGCUGAUAUGUUGGGCACCGCGACGGGCGGUGCAACGGAUUGGAUUAAGAAAAAUACACCGACAAAAUAUGUUUAUGUGCUCGAAUUGCCACCAGAUAUGAAGACAUGGUUCGCAUUCCAAGUGAAACCCCACUGGCUGAUCCCAAUCGGGAAAGAGACUUGGCUUGGAAUCGAGGUGAUUUUCGAUCAAGUCAUCGAGGAGACCAAGAAUUUCCAACCGACUGCUGAGACAGCGGUCACCAACGCGACUGAUAACAACAGCAGAUCUCCACGAUUCAGACAGUUAUAA